AGCCGUCGUCCGGAUCCUCAUCCAAGUCGGAGGCGAAGAAGGAGCGACUGCGGAGACGCGCCGCCAAACGGCGCGAGAGCAAAAGGCCGAGGAGGCUACUUCCGGUGGGAAGACGACAGCGCCGAAUAAUAUGCGGAGACCGAGCGAUAAAGUGCCGGCGGAUACGAGCACACCGGAUGUGAUCAUUCUGAAGACAUCCAAGAAGGAGGGGGAGGCCAAGGGCGGAAAGGGUGCGGGAGCGGGAAAACCGAAACCGGGAUUCUUCUCGCGAGUGCUGACUAAGACGGAUGGCGUGGCGACAGCGACGAAGGAGGGGGAGUCAGCGAGCGGCCAGACUGCCGAAUCAAAAGCUGUCAAACCGGUCGCCCCGCAAUCAUCUUCGGUCUCCGACAAGCCGACAACGUCGGCCCCCGCUGUUUUUAAAGAGCCGGUCGUUGAUGUUGCCAACUUCAAAAAACCCAAUGCCCCGGCCGCUGCGAAGCCCGCCGGUGUCCCCGGCGCGCCGCGACUGAAGCCCUCCCAGCUGGAAUUCCACGUCACCCCGCACAUGAUCAAGAUCAAGCACCCCUACGGCACCUGGUCGGCCUGGUCCAACCGGCAGAAGAUCGCCGCCAUCCGCUGGUUGAGCGCUUAUCCGGAAGGGAAAGAGCCUGGUCGACUGCAGGAAUGGCAGAUGCCGGCCGAACAGUGGUGGCCGUACUUUGAGGACGGAGCGUGGAUUGUGCCGGUGGCGCACCGGGAGACCGGGGGUGCGCCGGUUCAUGAGAAGGUCGUGACAGCGGAACCGUUGCCGAUUAAGGCGGCUGUGUCGGGAGUGCAGGAGAGUGUGAAAGGGGGUGAACAGGAGAAGAAGACGGAGGGCGGGGAAGAAGUGGAUAACGCGAAAACAGCGGACAAAGUGGUCACUGCGACAAAUGUGGAGGAUGUUAAGGAGGCGGCUCCGCGGGAGAGUAGUCCGGAAUUUAACACGCCUGUUGGCAACAAUACGACGGAUGUGGAGAUGCGAAGUGGCAAAGCGGAGAAGGAGGGCAGUGGCGUGAUCUCCGGAAAGGAUGGCGAUGAGGAUGAGGAUGUUGUGUUGGAUUCCGCUUAAAGAUUUCAGUCGUAUCUAACCGGAUGUUGCGUUAUUUAAUGGAUAUUAAUUUAGAGAAGGGCGAAUGUUGUUGAUUAUUACUUGUUGAAUACUUGUGUGAAUUAUUAUACUGAAAUUACUUGGCUUCUAAGCAGCAGUUUAAAGCAUCUCGAACUUGUAAAGGAUCAUGUAUUUAUCUUGAUUGUAUUAUUAAUUUUGUUUCUGAUCGCACCGGCUUCUGGAGUCGUAGACUUGUUGGAAAAUGUUUAAAAACGUUUUCAUUUUGUUCAAAAUUAAUCGCAUCUGUUUUUCUCAUUUAAUUAUUUCCCCUUCGCAACAAAAGUCGUGGUAAGCAGAAUACUGUGUACUACAUAAUGUUCAAAAAUAAAAUCGCUUCUGGUA